AUGAAGAGGCACUCAUCUGGACACUACCUGUGUAUUGAGAAUUUUCAGGAUAUUCUGGAAAGGAGACAGGCAGCCAAUGCCAAGGAAAGGGAGCGGAUCAGAAAUAUCAAUAGUGGAUUUUCAAAGCUGAAGACCAUUGUGCCUCUCAUCCCUAAAGACCGAAAACCUAGCAAAGUGGAUACACUGAAAGCAGCCACAGAAUACAUAAGACUUCUUCAUGAUAUCCUGGUGGAAACUGGAGGUUUUGAAGUAAGUUUACAUUUUGUAUAUGGCUUAUAA